GCAGCAAGAGUGAGUGACGUGGCAGGCGAGGCCAGGCACCGUCCGUCUGCCCGGGACACCUCAGCUGUCAGGUGGCCUGGGGGCAGCGCAGUGAGGAGAAGAUUGUGCUGGCAGCCGCCCGGACCGAAGCCGGAAGUGCCACGUGUCCCGACUGCGCCUGCGCAGCCGGCUGCUGACAGGCACUUCCGGCCGCGGCCUCCAUCCUUCUCUCCGCUUGGCUGCGGCCUCCCGGCCUGCGGUUCAGGGCCUUACCGUCCCGACUUCCAAGCCUCAGCUCCCAGGCCAGGCAGAGGCCGCCGGUGGGCUGGGGAGAGUGCGGCGUCAUGCCUAGGGCUUGAUGCGCUGCCGUAUCUCCUCCCCGCUUCCAAUCGUGAAACGUUAGUCCCCCUCCCUCAGCUUUCAGCAAUCUUUCAGUUCUCCUCGGGUCCGCUGUGGCCGACCCCCACCAGGCCCUUCCAACCCGGAUAACCGCCGUCGUCAUGUCCCAGCCGGGAACACCGGCCUCCGGGGGCGCCUCGACCGGUCUCCAGUCGCAGAACGGGGCUGCCUCGAUCUCGGGGUCUCCCUACACCAACGGUCCUGUCCAAAAUGCAUUGAUGUCUUCACGGUCGUCAGCAAGCCAAGGAUAUAAUUCUCAGCUUCCAGGACCCUACCCUCAUCUAAUACCAGCAAAGACUUCUUUGAAUCCAGUCUCUGGACAGUCUAACUACGGUGGUUCUCAGACUGUUUCUCUAUUAAGUAAUUAUCAGGGACCUAGUCAGACUCUUAAUAGACCACCCGUGGCUUCUAAUACAGAGACACCGUCACUCCGUAGCGGUCCCGUUUCCCAAAUGCCGCCACCUGCUUCUCAGAACCCAGCUCCUACACCAAUGCCUUCUGGUAGUUUUCUUCCCGGAGUCAACCUACCACCACCACCACCUUUGAAUUGGCAAUAUAACUAUACGUCCACAGGAUCACAGACAAACCAUUAUCCUCGUGUAUCAUCCCAACCAACUGUAUCUGGAAAUACAAAUUUAACAGCAAAUCAUCAGUAUAUUUCUUCUGGAGAUCCUUCACUUCAAAACAGCUACAUAAAAUCAGGUUCUGCGCCCCCUUUAGUGAAUCCAUCUCUGCCUACUACUUUUCAACCAGGAGCUCCACCUGGACCCCCUCCAACUAGAGGCCCACCUCCAGUCAGAGCCCUUAAUCCCCAGAAAUCAUCACAUAGUCCUGUACCCCAACCCUCAUUUAACUCAGCUAUCAAACAAGAAGGUGGUACAUCAAAUACCAAUAAUGGAUCUAUGGUGGUCCACAACAGUUAUGAUGAAAUUGAAGGAGGUGGCUUCUUGGCAACACCACAGCUUAUGAAUAAGAAUCCCAAAAUGGGCCGAAGUGUUGGAUAUUCAUAUCCCUCCCUACCACCUGGCUAUCAGAACACACCACCAACUGGUACAACUGGAAUGCCACCCUCUUCCUUGAAUUACCCAAGUGGGCCACAGGCCUUUACUCAGACUCCCUUAGGUGCUAAUCAUUUAACUGCAAACAUGAGUGGAUUAAGUCUACAUCCAGAAGGUCUAAGAGUCAUCAAUCUUCUUCAAGAAAGAAACAUGCUCCCUUCAACACCUUUGCAGCCUCCGGUUCCAAAUUUGCAUGAAGACAUCCAGAAACUUAACUGUAACCCAGAGUUAUUUCGAUGCACCCUGACUAGCAUUCCUCAGACUCAGGCCUUACUGAAUAAAGCCAAACUUCCUUUGGGGCUGCUCCUUCAUCCUUUCAAAGACCUAGUGCAAUUGCCUGUGGUUACCUCCAGUACAAUUGUGAGAUGCCGUUCAUGCAGGACGUACAUCAACCCUUUUGUCAGCUUUCUUGACCAAAAGAGAUGGAAGUGUAAUUUAUGUUACCGAGUCAAUGAUGUUCCUGAAGAAUUUCUGUACAACCCUUUGACCAGAGUUUAUGGAGAACCUCACAGAAGACCUGAAGUACAAAAUGCUACUAUUGAGUUUAUGGCUCCUUCAGAAUAUAUGUUACGACCACCUCAACCUCCCGUGUACCUCUUCGUAUUUGAUGUGUCUCACAAUGCAGUUGAAACUGGAUAUUUGAAUUCAGUUUGCCAGAGUUUGUUAGACAAUCUGGAUUUGCUUCCUGGUAACACUAGAACAAAAAUCGGAUUCAUAACAUUUGACAGUACAAUCCAUUUCUACAGUCUUCAAGAAGGUCUCUCUCAACCUCAGAUGCUAGUAGUUUCAGAUAUUGAAGAUGUUUUUAUACCUAUGCCAGAGAACUUAUUAGUAAAUUUAAAUGAAAGUAAAGAGCUUGUCCAAGAUUUACUGAAAACUUUGCCACAAAUGUUUAACAAGACUCUGGAGACCCAGAGUGCAUUGGGCCCUGCACUUCAGGCUGCCUUUAAGUUGAUGUCCCCAACUGGUGGUCGAAUGUCUGUCUUUCAAACACAACUCCCAACUCUUGGAAUGGGAGCCCUGAAACCACGAGAGGAACCCAACCAAAGAUCAUCUGCUAAGGAAAUACACCUGACACCAUCCACUGACUUCUAUAAGAAAUUAGCCUUGGACUGUUCUGGUCAGCAGGUAGCUGUUGACUUAUUCCUUCUCAGCGGACAGUAUUCUGAUUUGGCUUCUCUCGGUUGUAUUUCUAGGUAUUCGGCAGGUAGUGUCUAUUACUAUCCCUCUUACCACCAUCAGCACAACCCAGUCCAAGUACAGAAGCUACAGAAGGAAUUACAGAGAUACCUCACUCGGAAGAUUGGCUUUGAAGCCGUCAUGAGGAUUCGGUGUACCAAAGGUCUUUCCAUUCAUACCUUCCAUGGGAACUUCUUUGUUCGGUCAACAGACUUACUGUCUUUGCCCAAUGUAAACCCAGACGCUGGAUAUGCAGUACAGAUGUCAGUAGAAGAGAGUCUCACUGAUACUCAGUUGGUUUCUUUCCAGUCAGCACUGUUGUAUACAAGCAGCAAAGGUGAACGGAGAAUCCGUGUCCAUACUUUGUGUUUGCCAGUAGUUUCAACUCUGAAUGAAGUCUUUCUUGGCGCUGAUAUUCAAGCAAUUUCAGGGUUAUUGGCCAAUAUGGCCGUUGACAGGUCCAUUACUGCCAGUCUGAGUGAUGCUCGCGAUGCCCUAGUAAAUGCCGUCAUAGACUCUCUUUCAGCGUAUCGUUCUUCAGUCCUAAGUAACCAGCAGCCUGGACUCAUGGUUCCUUUUUCUUUGCGACUUUUCCCACUCUUUGUGUUGGCUCUCCUUAAACAGAAAUCAUUCCAGACUGGGACAAAUGCUCGUCUAGAUGAACGCAUUUUUGCUAUGUGUCAAGUGAAAAAUCAACCCCUGGUUUACCUUAUGCUAUCAACUCACCCUACUUUGUAUAGAGUUGACAAUCUCUCAGAUGAGGGAGCUCUCAAUAUCAAUGAUAGAACCAUACCUCAGCCCCCUAUUCUUCAGCUUUCAGUGGAGAAACUGAGCAGGGAUGGAGCUUUCCUCAUGGAUGCAGGCUUUGAGAUGAUGCUUUGGGUUGGAAAAAAUUGUGGACAGAAUUUUCUCAGCCAAGUUCUAGGAGUUCAAAGCUAUGCAUCAAUUCCACAGACUAUGACGGGUCUUCCAGAACUUGAUACACCAGAAUCUACCAGAACAGUAGCUUUCAUCUCUUGGCUUAGAGAGCAGAGACCAUUUUUUCCAAUACUUUAUGUAAUAAGGGAUGAGAAUCCAAUGAAGGCAACCUUCCUUCAAAACAUGGUAGAAGACAGAACAGAAUCUGCGUUAUCAUACUAUGAAUUCCUCUUGCAUAUACAGCAGCAAGUGAAUAAAUGAGCAAAUGAAGAAAUUUUACUUAUAUAAUGUGGAACACCUGAGAACGUAUAAUAUCUUCCUUUUCUAUUAGGUUUUUGGACUAAUGUGAUGAUUAAGAUGUUCUCACUGUGAUUUUGACAAGCUAUAGCAAAUAAAGGACCGUAGCCGAGAAUCAAACAUGCAACUCUGAAUACUGUACUUUUCAAUUCAAAAUGUAUCUACGUAUGAUUGGAUACCUUUUUUCCUUCGUUGCCAAUUAUGUUUGUGUUGUUAUGGAUUGAAAUAAGAAAUGAGACAAUAUUGCAGAGGCAAAGUACAUUUUGUAAAAUAAAGAUUUCUGUGUUCAAAGUGUAUAUUUGUCAUUUUUUAAUUUUCUGAAUUUUUGGCUGCUACAUUUAAAACCUCACAAGACUAAGUGUUGCAGGGAAGUUAUAAAUCUAUUGAUAAAGAUCUUAAAAAAAAAUUUAGAAAGGAAUAGAAUGUAGACAAAGUAGAAUCUAUCUCCUGUACCUGUUUUUUUUUUUUUUUCUUUUUUAAGGAAGGAAAAGGAUCAUCAUGUUAACUAAAACUAGAGUAAACUAACUCUAGCUUAAGAAGAACAAUAUAAAUUCAAGCUUUAAAAUCUGUCAGUAUUCUCUAUACUUGAAGAACAAAGUCACUUUGAUUUGAAGUGAAAACUAUAAUGAAGUGGUUUUCUGAUUUGCCUCAAGAAUUCUUGGACAUUCUGUCUUACUCUGCAGUGAAAAGAAUCGGAGCUGUCUUCAUAAAUGUAUUGGGACUGGGCAAUGAUGAUAGGGAGAUGGGAACUUUAAUUAUCUUGAUUGUUUAAGUGGGCUUUGUUUGGAACAAUUCUGCCCUGUGAUGUAUAAUAAAAGUGUUAUUUUGGUGAAAUGAGGGUGAUUGAAAGAAAUUAAAGGUUUUAAAUGCUGUCUCAAAUGCAUCAGUAACAUUUUUCUAAGGAGUUUAAUAAUUAAAUUGGAAGUCGCUCAUAAGAAAUUUUUAUUCUUGGAUAUAAAAACAUUAAAACGUGAAUGCUGCUGUUUGAUUUGGUGGAUAUUAAGAUCACACAAAUCUGAUAACAAUGAAGUUAUGAAAGAAACUUGAUUUCUGAACAUGCUUAAAGACUGCUUUUUUGAUUCAGAGAAAUAUUAUAGUCAAAAGUGUUAAGCGAAUUUUGUUUACAAAUAGGUAAAUUAUGCGCCUUUUUAUAUUUAAAGUGCUGUGAUACAAUAUCUUUAAGAGUUUGGCUCAGUUUUCACAGAUUCAGUUUGUCUUGUAUGAACUUCUGAAAGUAAAAGAUGUUCGUGUAUAAUAUUUGAUAAAAAGAUUUUUUGUUUUAAUGGGUUGGAAAAUGUGUUUACAAUUUUGGUCUCAUAUGAUCACCAACGAAAUAGUAACUUUCAGGUUUACAUCAACAUGAGCUGACUUCAACUGAGAUGUUCUGGGAUGGGAAAAAAGGUGGUCCCACUAGAGUGUACAGCUACUGCUUGCCAACUGGAUCAGAAUAAUUGUGUUUUAUAAAAAUAUCAUCUCCCUUAAGCAGUGUUAAGGUUUGUUUUCAGUGUGCAAGUUGUACAUUGAACUGCAAGUUUUCUUCAAAACAGCUUCAUUUUUUAGGAAGCAAAUUGCAAAUUAUAGCAAAUUAAAAUAAAUUUAUAUUUUCCCUUUUAAAGAAACUAAGAGUCACUGUUAUGCACUGGUUUUUCUUAAAAUAACAAAUUCUCUUCUUAAUGUGAAUUUUAAAUGUUGAUAUUUGUAAGUCCCUUCUUAACAGUAAAGGAUCUCCCAGAGGGAAAAGUUUGUGCUUCUAGGGACAGUAAUCUUCCUUGUGCCUCACACUUCAUCCCUAGGUGGAUAUGACUCUCGUUAUUACCACAUGCUUUGUUAGCAUAUUUGACAGAUUUACUUUAAAAUUUUUACUUUAAAAAUUAUUUCAGGUAUUGUGUAACAUGUGCAAUCCAGAAUAAUUUGAUCGUAGCCAGGUCAUAAAAAUUCGUUUUAUGUUCACAAUACUUUUCAUCUUCAAUCUCCAGAUAAUGAAGGAAUGAAUGAACCUUUUGGGGACAUUGAUGUUAAGCAAUUCUUUGCAAUAUUGAAUGUGAUUUUUAGUUUGAUUUUUUUCUUUUUUGGGGGGGCAGUGGGGCAGCACCUCCUAUCUCAUCUUGUAUUACUUUUUGAUGUAAAGCAACUAAGAUUUACAAUAUGCCAUAUUUUUUUUAUGAUAGUUGUAAAUUAUCAUGAAAGAUCCUUGAAUUUUCUACAGAUCUACAACUACUAAAGUAAAAGAUAAGGGCAAUCUUGGUAUUUAAAUCUGAGCAUGACGGUUCUACCAUAAAAAGUACUCUAUUUUUCUAAUUUCUAGGAUUUUUAAAAUAACAUUUCUGUACGUCUGACAUACUAAUACCAUUCAAGCAGUACCAGUUAUUUUAGUUUGCAUAUAUUUUCAUUAUUUUUAAUUUAAUAUAAUGUAUUUAGUCUAAUAGACUGUUUUGCAAUAAUUAGAAUAAAAGAUUUAUUUCUUCUAAUCAAAGAUGCAUAACAGCUAUUAUCUAGGGGACCACCAAAUGUGAUUUUAAGAUUUUGUUAACUAUUACAAAUAUAAUCCUUAUAUAGAAGUUUUAAUUUUGUAAAGUAGUGUAUAAUAUUGUAACAUUAAAUUCUUGUUCUUAAAUUCAGAUGUAUUGAUCUUCAAUGUGUUGUGUUAAAUCUUGCUUCUCUGAAAUGUUAAGAAACAAGAUUUGUCCUCCUUUAUACAGUUUGUAAUUUUCACAGUUUUAUUCCUGUUAAAAACAGUCAUUUGUAACCCAUGCAAAUAAUCAUUUGAUCUGUGCUAAUUUAUGAGUUUGGCUAUUCAAUAAAGUUAAUUGAAAGAGAUUACAUACAGUGACUUGUUAAAGUGAUAUAAACAAUUUGCCAAUGCCAACUACGUUGUGCUUACAAGUUAAGUCAAUUGUUGAAGGUGUUUUAAAACUCAUAAGUAGGUGCCUGGGAGGUUAAAGGUUAUUUUUUUCUCGGUGUUUUAAAGAUACUAUAUAAUCGGGUAGCUUCUGUCUGGAGGGGAGAUGAGAAGGCAGAGGGGGACAGAAGCUGGCUGAAUGGACACGGAAAUAAAGGGUGGAGAGAAGGAGUGUGCUGUCUCAUUAGGGGGAGAGUGACUAGGAGUAUAUAGCAAGGUAUAUAUAAAUUUUUGUAUGAGAGACUGACUUGAUUUGUAAACUUUCACUUAAAGCACGAUAAAAACUAAAAAGAUAUUAUGUAAUUGUCUUCUGGACACUUUUUUACUGAUCAGAAAACUGUUGCCAGUCUAAUUGUUCAUUUGAUGAUAAUCCCUGGUAUAUUUUAAGAUUUUUGUUUUAUUCUUAAAGCUCUAUGGUUUUACUACUCUGGGUUUUGUUGUUUUUCUGCUUGUUAUUCAGAGCACACUUUUAAUUAAUUUGAAGAUUGUUGUCCAUCUUCAAUUCUGGGAAUUUUUCAGCUAUUUUCCCUGUAAAUAUUUCCUUCUCUGCCAUUCCCUUUAUUCUUUUGUUAUCUCCAGAAUUCCUAUUAGUUGUAUGUCU